AUGGACCCAAAGACCGCUGUGACAAUAGAUGAGAAAGGAGAGUCCAGCCAUGUACAGCCACAAGCAGCGACUCAUACACCUCCAGCUGGAGAUCACAAUGUAACGACGCAACCAUCGAGCAAUCUGUCUCCUCAGCACCCGAUCACCCCUACAUUCUUUGGGGAGCUUGCCGGUACAGAUGGCCAAGCUUAUACGACCUUGCGAAAACGUGUGACAGACGCAUACCGUUGGCACACCUACCAGUAUUGGUUCGUUGCAGUGCUUUCCAACUCGCUCCUUUUCUUCCAGAUCCUCAUUGCGGCUUCCCUCACUGUGCUGGGCGCCUUCAACGACAGAAGGGCUCGGACCGCAACCAUCUUCCUUGGCGCCACCAACACCGUCAUUGCGGGCCUCAUUACUUAUUUCAAGAGUCGCAACCAGCCGAAUCGCGCCCGACAAUUCCGCAACGACCUCGCGAAGAUCGUGGACCAACUCGACGAUGCAGAAGCGAACUUCCGCAAUCCGAAUCGCCGUGACGACGUGUAUGCGGUCAUGGAACAAAUCAGGGACGCGUACAACCAAGCCAGAACCGAUGCCGAAGUUAAUUACCCAGACCUGUGGGUCCGAGGCUCGACCCCUUAUAACCCGAAUCCUACGCCAGGACCGUCGACGGAUCCGCCAUCGAGAAUUUCUCCACGUCCGGGGGCACAGUUACCGGCGCAAGGAACAGCAGGCCGUCCUGGGUCGGAGCUAACCCCGGGGAGACCAACAUCAGAGUCGACAGUUAGAGCAGUCUGA